AUGGUGUCGCUAAUGGAGAUUUUCCUGUCUGCAAUCUUAGGCGACCUAACCACUAGAUGCAUAGAUUUCCUGGCGAGCAAGCGCCCCAAUAAGCCUCCUGCACUGGACGACGUGGAGGAUCGCCUCUGCAGGGUCCUGCUCCGGGCGCAGGUCAUCAUCGACGAGGCCAUGGGGCGGCGGAUCACAAACCAGGCCAUGCUCCGGCAGCUGGACGCCCUGACAGACACCGUGCACCGAGGCCACUACGCCCUCGACACCUUCAGAUCCUUUCAGCAGGCUGAAAAAGAGGAGCCCAGGCCCAGCAGCAAUGGUCAGACGACGAUCGUGAGUCACCGGCUUUCUUCCCAUUUCUCCAGAGUCGAUCCAUGUCUCUCCAGUUGGACAAGCAGAGCUGUACAGAUCUCAAAAGAAAUGCAGGAGGUGCUUGACACUUUGAGCGCCAUGAUUGUUGAUGCACAUGAACUAGUCCUGUUCUUGGCGAACUACGGUCCCCGCAUGUACCGCCAGCCUUACAGCAUGUAUCUCCUGCUGGGAAACUGCAUGUUUGGUCGCCAGAUGGAAGCACAAUAUGUCAUCGACUUCCUUCUGCACACACAGCCUCCUGGUGGUGUCAAAGAACCGGCGGAGGUCCUGCCAAUUGUCGGUCCCUGCGCAGUAGGAAAGAGCACACUAGUCGCUCAUGUUUGUAAGGAUGAAAGAGUCCGUGACCAUUUCGCAGAAACUGUGUUCUUGAGCGACCAUGACUUUGCGUAUGAUGGGCUAGCAGCUUUCAGAGAAGGAUUAUCUGCAAAAAAUCGCACGUCAUCAGAUCAUGGGACAAGGAGAAUGCUUCUUGUCGUGGAGGUAGCAGGCAUAGACCUCGACGAAGAUGUAUGGAACAAGCUGUAUUCUGCAUCUAAACAUUGGAUGCCCAUGGGUAGCAAGAUCAUACUCACAAGUCGGUCCGUCAAGGUCGCAAAGCUUGGAACAACACAGGCUCUAACUCUGAAGCCUCUAUCACAUGAGGCGUACUGGUAUUUCUUCAGGACGCUUGCAUUCGGAAGCACAGAUCCCACGUCGUCACACCCAAGGUUCAUCAAUCUGGCCAUGGAGACUGUCACGGCACUGAACCUGAACGACAUGAUCGCUGCAAAUGUCAUUGCCCGUAUGAUGAGGGACAGCUUUGGCAUCCAUUUCUGGGGCAAGUUGGCAGCGUUCCUGAGAUUGCAGUUUCAGAAACAUGUGUUCAGGUUCGGUGGGCAUCCAUACGACCUUGUAAACCAGAACAAAACCGUGUAUUUAGGGAGGAUGAGGUCUGAACAGGUGGUUUGCUUCCAUCCGUACCGGCACUCUUCACAGAAGGAGGUUCCCAAGAUCACCUUGCACGAAGUGAUUAAUGGAGAUGCAGAACUUCCUGCUGGGAGAUUUGAAGUCCUGGCAUGGAGUUCUCAGAUACAACCUUACUAUAGCUAUAUCUAUGAUUGUGAGAUUCUGGAGCUGAAAUCUACAGGCAACAAGAGGAAGCGCUCCGCGAAAAACGGAGGCCCACCUUCGAUAUGUUUGUGA